CUCACGAACAGAAGAAGCAGCUCGGGGUCUCUCCGCCGCCCCUUGGCCAUGGCCGCGGUGCCGACGCCGCCCGCUCCCCUCAGCUCUCGGGGCCCCCGCCGCUGCCGCCGCAGCCGCCGCAAUCUCUAAGCCCAAGGGGCCGCCACCAUCGCCACUGUCCGCCUGGAUCUCGCCCGCGGCCCCUGCCGCCCCACAUCAUGAUACCUGCGGCCGUCCUGGCGAGGCCGCUAGCUGCUCCUGGAACCCAUACUUGCGGCAUUGACAGCCACCCUACUGGAGCCGCCUUAGCUCGGGGAAAGUACAAUAGUUGGUUUCCCUGACCACCCGACCCGCUUCGUUUGCGACCCCAGCACGCCUAUCGGAUCUGAGUGGAGAAGCUGUCCGCUGCUUGGGUUCUCUCUCGCUCUCUAUAUACGCCUAACACCUACGUAUAUUUCUAAAACAUUCAAUAUUAAUUAACAAUCAAAAGAAAAAGGAGAAAAGGAAGGGAAAUAUUACUGGGUUACUAUGCACUUGCGACUGAUUUCUUGGUUUUUUAUCAUUUUGAACUUUAUGGAAUACAUCGGCAGCCAAAACGCCUCCCGGGGAAGGCGCCAGCGAAGAAUGCAUCCUAACGUCAGUCAAGGCUGCCAAGGAGGCUGUGCAACAUGUUCAGAUUACAAUGGAUGUUUGUCAUGUAAGCCCAAACUAUUUUUUGUUCUGGAAAGAAUUGGCAUGAAGCAGAUUGGAGUGUGUCUCUCUUCAUGUCCAAGUGGAUAUUAUGGAACUCGAUAUCCAGAUAUAAAUAAGUGUACAAAAUGCAAAGCUGACUGUGAUACCUGUUUCAACAAAAAUUUCUGCACAAAGUGUAAAAGUGGAUUUUACUUACACCUUGGAAAGUGCCUUGAUAAUUGCCCAGAAGGGUUGGAAGCCAAUAACCAUACCAUGGAGUGCGUCAGUAUUGUGCACUGUGAGGCCAGCGAAUGGAGCCCCUGGAGUCCAUGUACAAAGAAAGGAAAAACAUGUGGCUUCAAAAGAGGGACUGAAACACGGGUCCGAGAAAUAAUACAGCAUCCAUCAGCAAAGGGUAGCCUGUGUCCUCCCACCAAUGAGACAAGAAAGUGUACAGUGCAAAGAAAGAAGUGUCAGAAGGGAGAACGAGGAAAAAAAGGAAGGGAGAAGAAAAGAAAAAAACUUAACAAAGAAGAAAAUAAGGAUGCAAUACCUGAUAGCAAAGGUCUGGAGCCCAGCAGAGAAACUCCAGAACAACGAGAAAACAAAGACAAACAGCAGCAGAAGAAGCGAAAGGUCCAAGAGAAACAACAGAAAUCGGUAUCAGUCAGCACUGUACACUAGAGGGUCCCAUGAGAUUGUCAUAAACUCGUGAUGCUGCUAUCUCCACCAGAAGCCCAGGACAGGUGCUCUAGCCAUUAGGACCACAAAUGGACCACGUGUCUGUUAUUGCUCAGUCUAAACAACAUUCCAGAUAGUUGCUAUACUCUUCAUACAAGCAUAGUUCACAACAACGAGCUACAAGUUCAAAGAAGGGAUGCUUUUGAAUGGUUGUCAUACAUGCUCCUGUGCAUUUUUAAGAGACAAGAAAUUCUGUACAUAAUCAAUAGGCUAUAAGAUGUAACAACAUAGCAAUGACAUCUGGAGAAACAACAUCUUUUCCCUAUAAAAAUAUUGUUCUCAAGCUGUUGUUUUCAGAAGCAAAUAGCUCUGCACAUUCAAAGAUACGGUAUCCCUUCAAAAGAAAUAAGAGAUCAGAGGAGAGAAACGUCUUUCAAAGGACAGUGUUGUUUUGUCCGGGAAAUCUAGAGAGUGCUCAGUUCCUAGGGCCUGGCAUUUGGAAUCAUAGGAAUUUAUCAUCACAGGAACAACUGUUUUAAGCUUGGUUCCGUUGCCCUCAUUUGUCUUUCUGCAAGAAGCAUGAGAGUGCACAUAUUUACAGAAUUAAAUAUACUGUGUGGGAUUGGAAAAGGAAAUGUGGAAGAAACCAUAGGGUUGGAGAUGACUGUUGUGCUUCACAAAACUGGGAAGGGUUGUGAUUACCUGAAACAGGUCUCCGAUCUGUGUCAGCACUGCGUGGUUCAGCCUCUGCUACCCUUUCUUUGGGUUAUAUAAGUCUGUAAACAUGUACCUGUAACUUACUUCCAAAAACAAAAUCAUACCUAUUAGAAGAAAAUUCUGAUUUCAUAGAAAACAAAAAACUAGAACAAGGAAAAUAUAACAUGUUUGCAAAGUCAUGUGUUUUCUUUCUCAAUGAGAGAAGAACAAUCUUAUUACCUGCUUCAUGGUCCACCUGGAACUGAAAGGGAUACUACUUUCUAACAAAGUGUAUCUAAUAGGGGGAAAAGCCACCACAAUAAAUAUAUUUGUUGAUAGUUUUUAAA